AUGGCCAUCAGGGAGAGAAACCCUGAUGGCUUUUGCUUUGAUGUCAACGGACCAAUGCGAUUCAAGGACAUCUACUACAAGGAAAGGAACCUCGAACCCAGGGAGAGGGAGUUCUUGGUGGACGACCAGCAGAUUGAUCGAGAGAAGCUGGGGGAGAAGCUUCCAUACCUGGGGCAAAAAUUGGAAUGGGAUGAUAAAGCCAAGCAGUACAAGCCCUUGGAAGGCAAAAUGUGGGGGACCACAGCUAAAGGCUACGAAGUGGGGAAGUAUCUCUACGACAAAUCAGAGAAGAAAUUUCUGCCCAAGUACAAAGAUGGCAAACGAGUUCUUGUGGAAGAGAUUGCCGAAGUGAUGAAGGAACCAUUCGUUUUCAAAUUCCCACAAUGGUGGUUCCCACUGAAGCGACAGAAAUCAGUCCUGGUUUGGGAGGAGACGGAAGGAUGUCCGAAAGGUCAGGUGCGGAUCAUUUACUCUGGCGGCAAAUCAUCCAAGCACGGCAUGAGCAAUGGCCCUGAAGAUGAAUCUGGUGCCAGCGCGCCUGUUCACACCUACCAUGCCAUCAAGAAUACCAAGCUGGCCAACGACGCCAGAUACCAGGAGGCCGCCAAAAAGGCGCUCUGCGAGGUGCCGCCAGUGAGGCUAAAGUGCACCGGAGGGAAGAGUCCCAAAUGUAUUGAUGUGGAUUGGAAGCCUCCCCCACCUCCAAAGCCGAAGUUCCCUCGCGUUUGCGGCUUCCUGAACCCAAAGCCGCCGGUCCCGACACCGCCCCCAGUGCUCACCUGGCAGAUAGCUCGGCAAAGUGUGGGAGGUGUUUGCAAGACGGAUUCUCCACCACCGGGCUCUGGCGUGGAUGAGAAACCUGACGAAGAGCGUGCUGGUUAA